AUGAGGAUGUUCUUGCAGGUUCUGCUCCUGUUGCUCCUUCCCGUUCAUGUUCAGGGAUUUCAUCUCCCGGUGCAACCACCUCGACCGCGGGUGACCGCGUAUUACUCUAUCCCUUCGCAGACUGAGGUGCACAUCGGCGAAGAUGGGGUUCCAUCUGAAUGGGCAGACAUUGCACUGUCGAGUCAUGAUCCUCAUGUUUGGGAGGAGGAUGGAGUCGUACUUGGCAAAGGCGCUUUUGGAACCGUCAACCGUGGCAUCAAUAAGGAAACAGGGGAGCUAGUGGCCAUCAAGCGGAUCACUCCCAACCACAAGCUGGCUGUGGCCACUGCCAAGAAUGAGGUGGAGGCAGCGAUGCAGCUGGGCGAACACCCGAACGUGGUGCAGAUGAAGGCCUACUUCCUGGCCCCUCACGAGCCUGGCCGCAAGGAUCGCGACGUGAUCUUGGUCUACCGCCUGGCGCUGGGCAGGGACCUGCAGCAGUGGAUCAAUCAACAGCAUGGCAAUGCCUUCGACGUGAACUAUGCGCAGCCAAAGCUGACAGACGAGGCCCUGCGGAUUAUGCGGCAGCUUGUCUCCGGGCUGCAGCACAUACACGAGCGAGGCAUCCAGCAUCGAGACCUGAAACCUGCUAACAUUUUGCUCAGUGCCGGCUGCACGGCACUCAUUGCAGACUUUGGCAUUGCUCUCGUGAAUCGCAGCUCCGAGAGGGUGCAGGGCCACGCGGCCUUGGGGGAUUUUUACUUCAUUGACGUGGACUCCCUGGUGACCAAGGAGCUGCCUUACACCUUGGACGAUGACAUCUACAGCCUGGGCGAGGUCUUCGUCCGCAUCCUGUUUGGACGCUACGCCACCGGCUGUGACCUGAGGAGGUUUGCCGAGGAGCGGCCCUCGGAGGUGCCAAAGGUGGUGCAGAUCUUAGCACAGAUGUUGGCUCCCAGAGACAGGCGAUGCCCCCUCUCUGAAGUGGAAUCUGUGCUGGAUGCCCUGCGCUUCGUGCCCAAGGUUUCGGAGCCACGCCCCAUCGUGACCAGCAUCUUCCUGGGCAUCGGGGCUGUGGCAAGUGUUGGGUUCGUCAUGGACUACCUCGGCAAGAAGAAGUUCCGGAAGCAGGACAUGUCCAUCUUCUCCAAGAGGUCCAAGCUGCAAGCAGCCUUCUGUGUGGGCCAAGCGCAGGGCGAGCGUCCGUCCCUUCAGGACUACUACUGCCAUUCGCGCAUUGCGUGGAAGGUCCACAGGGGUGCACGGUCUUGGAGGCUGUUAGGCAUGUUUGACGGCCACGGUGGCAAAGACUGCGCCAAGUUUGCGGCCCAGUCUCUGCCCCACGAGGUGCGGCGCAUGUUUCGAGACACCGAGGCAGAGGCGGCAGGCUUGGAAGGGUUGCCUCUUUUCAGGCUGGCCAGCCAGGGCCUGCAGAAGGCGUUGGAGAGCCUCGAUCGCUUGUACAUCAAGUUCAGGAAGAAGAAGAACAACAUGGACCUUUGCGGCACGACUGCGUCUGUAGCUCUCUUGAGCCCUGAUGGAUGCCAUGCCGUGGUUUGCAACAUUGGAGAUUCUCGAACCGGAUUGGUAGGGGAGUGGACGAAGCUUGAGCACACUGGCAUAGAUCCCGAAGUCCGGCCAUGCGACGGGCAAGGAGAACAAGGAAAGCAAUUGAUCCACAUGACCCACGCGCACCGGGUGAGCGACCCGGAGGAGAUGGCGCGGAUUGACAAGGCGGGAGGCUUCGUCGAGUACGGUGCCAGUGGCCACAGGGUCAAUGGAGUCCUGGGCGUGUCACGAGCGAUCGGUUACUGUGGGAUGAGAGACUUUGCAGACCUUGUGCCAUCCCUCUCAGACAGCGCUAUCUUGGAAAGGGAUGCGACCAAAGCAGCGCUGGUAGGCUUGGCCAGUGAUGGACUAUUCCGCACAUGUGCCGAGGACGAGGCAGCCUCCGUGUUCCAACGCCUGGCUGGGGCAGACAGCUACGAGUCGCUGGAAGUGCUCGUUGCAGACGAGCUGGACCGGGCCGGCGGCGGACAAGCUGCCAAGAACAAGGAACUGCGUCCUCAUUACGUCGACCGAAAGGACAAUGCCACGGUCCUCGCUUGCUUGCUCCCGGCCCUGUGA